ACACUCCCCUAAAGGAACACUGUUGAUACACAUUUAGCUGUAUUCAUGUAUGUAACGUGACGGUAUAACAAGAACAAACUAAAGGAGCUUUAAGGCGAAGUUGAACCAUAUUCAAUGUUUUGUUUAUACUACGUACUUUACUAACACUAUGGACUAAGGUGGCUCAGAAAGUACAGUUGUAAUAAUGAAGUUAGCCGUCCCGAUUCACAUAAGAACUGGCGUGAUGGCAAUGAGACGAGUGCUCAACAGUGUGACGGCCUGUGGUAUCCUCCUGUGUUUGGUUGUGUAUUUAUAUACAUAUAACUUCUACACAGGUAUAUCGAGGCCUCUACCGGACAUCAGACCGAUCCUUAGCCAUAGAAUGAUUCUAGAUGCAUCAGCGGAGGACAACUAUCAUCAAAAAUAUGUCUGCUCUAAUCAGACACAUCGGAAUAAAGUCGAGGACAUUCUGUGCAUGACACCUCCAAACUUUCUGGACAAUUAUCAGAAUCCGUGCUGGAAAGAACGUGGAAAUGGAAGCGGGGAAACAUCUCUCAAAUGCUUGCCUUAUUUCCACAUCAUUGGAGCCGCUAAAGCCGGGACUACCGAUCUCUUCUCCAGGAUUACAAUGCACCCAAGUAUUAUGAAGGUCGAUGGUUUCCUCCAGAAAGAGACUUUCUAUUGGAGCUGGAGACGCUACGGAAAAUGUGAAGUAUCCUUACGUUAUUGCGAGAAUUUUCUAACCUUUAACCAAUUUUUGUCGUUCUUUAAAAGCGACAAAAUUUCACUUGUUAGAGAUGCCAAAAUGUCCUAUUUCCUAAAUGGCGAAAUAGGUUCUUCUUCAGCAAAUUUAAUAAGAAGAAAUAAGGAAAACUACCAUCAUAUGAUAACAGGCCAUGCCGAUCCUAUGGAUCUCUGGGGCAUGUAUUACUGGAAAGACAUUCCACAGAAUAACGCCACACUGUCAGAACCCGUAUACACCACACCACACUUGAUCCAUCACAUCAAUCCUGCUCUCAAGUUGAUCGUCAUUCUACGUGAACCAUCAGAAAGGACCUACAGUCACUACCUGUUCCGCCGUCUAGGUAACAGUGCGCGGGAAUUCCACCAUCACGCCGUGGGUAAUUUUACACUACUCAACACAUGUGUAAAAAACGUUGGCAGCAUGAGGGCUUGCUUGUUUAAUGAAUCGCUUUUGGAACAUUAUAAACGUUUUCCGAUCCAUGGUAGUUUUUAUUCCAUAUUAUUGAAGGAGUGGUUUUCAGUGUUUCCGAGGGAACAGUUCCUUAUCAUGCGCACCGAAGAUUAUUCCAGUAAUAUGACAUCCCAUCUACGCAAAAUAUUUAAUUUUUUGGAAGUUGAUGAUAUAACAGAAACAGAACUAAACAAUAUGUCCAGAGUACCAGUACGAAGAAUAACAAAGCAUAAGAAAGCGAUAGGAAACAUGCUACCAGAAACUAAACUUUUUUUGUACAAAAUAUUCCAACCAUAUACCCAAGAGUUAGCCGAUAUACUCCAUGACAAACGCUUUUUAUGGGAGGAGAACAGCAUCAUAUCGUCAUAAGAAUGAAUGUUAAACCUCGGUGUUGCUGUCAUGUUCUAAAAAUUGAAAUAAUAAAAAUCAAUGGACGAUUUUCUAAAUGGUUUGAAUAAUAGGAAGGCAUGUAUUGCUUGUUCAUUGAUUUCUAAAUAUAUCCACACUAGAAUACAAAUAUAAUUAUGAGUGCGAAGUACCUGUUGAAAACAUUGUAUCUUCUGAGCCAGUGAAAAAGAAAAAAAACAAUUGCUGUAUAAAAACGUAGCUUGUUUUCUGCGCAUUUCUGAUUCCGAAUGUAUAUACAAUAGCGGAACAUCUCUUGUUCUCGAACAUUAUGUCCACUUACUCAAUGGAAGGUAUUUCAAAAGAGUCCAGAUUAUAGUUUCAAUAGUAAUAUUUAAAUGGCUUUGUCAAAUCCAUAUUCAAUGUUAAGCAGAGAUUCAAUGACUUAUAAAUGAAGAGAGUACGAACAAAGCGAGAAGUGCUGCAGCUAUUUUGUCAUAAAAUGUAAGUCAGUCAAAGUCACUUGAGCGUUUGUUUCAAUUGGUUUCUGGAAGUUGUAAUGUCGAAAUAUCAUGAAUGAGAAGCAUUAUUCUGUACUUCUAAUGUAUGAUUGUGAGUGACCAAGUAAACGAUUUAUUCAAAUUGUAUUAACAUGUAUUUUAAUUUAUUUAAAGUAUAGAUUUGUAGAUGAUUUAUUAUUUGAUGCGUUCGUCGCCAUGGAACAGGCGGUACCCUGCUUAUUGUAAUUUUGUUUUUAUUGGGAGUGGUUGUAGAAAUUUAUUUUGAAGUAUGUCGUAUUGCGAGCGAUAAGGAAAUGUGAAUAUUGGCAUAGAUAAAGAGAAAUGGGGGAGUUAACGUUUGUUUACAUUUUAGACAGGCAGGUUACAGCAUGUACAGUAACAUGCUCUUGUUAUCUAUCAUUUAUAUUAGACAAGAUUUGAUAUUUGAGUGAAUUUUCAAAUAUCUCAAGACAGAUUUAUUGAUGUUAUGCACUUUCAAGUAUUAAUAGACAUGAAUUCAAACUAUCCUGGAAAAAUAUUAUUCUCUUCUGAUGUCUAUUGCACAAUUAUUUAUUAUACAUUUAA